GUUUCUACGCCGGCAGUAGGAUUUUGCAUGUUUCACCCGCGACCUUUGUGAGAAUCCAAGUCUCGACAAGACAAUGCUGAAGAUAAUAACAACCAAACCUGCCAGUCUCAACAAUCCACAAAAGCAGCAGGACCCCUUCUCUCCUCCACCACAUCCGAAGCAACCAGCUAUUAUAGCUAGCUAGGCGAUACCUCUUGGGAAGACGAACCUUUCCAGGACUGACAAUUAAUAAAAGAGAGAGGCCAUUCGUCAGCAGAAGUUUCCUGUGUUAAUCUACGCGAAAGACAGAGCCACACCUCGCCGCAUAAUCACGCCUUCAAAUAAAUAAAUAAAUUCAAAAAAACGACAUUGACAAUGAGCAAUCCUCCAUCCCACGUCGGAGGCUCACGCAGCGGCCCCGUCCAGGGCAUUGAACUCCCGGAACACGAGCCUUUGGAUAUGGACUUGGCCAUUGAUAGUCCGUUUCAAAUGUCGGGUGAUCCCCAGGUGGAUCUGGGCCCGGUGACGGCGAUGCGGGUCGAAAAUGAAGACGCCAUGCACAUUAGUGAUUCCGCAUUGCGAAACUACAAAUUGAACGAAGUCGAUAGCGAUGGAACAAGUCGCAUCCAAGUGACACCCGUGACGAGUCAAUGGGGCAGCAGCCGGGAUGUGUACAGCCAUAGUGGCACCAAUCCGGCGUCCAGUUCCUCCGGCCCACCCACCAUGUUGACCGAAACCACUCGCAUGAGUUCCUCCCGAACCAACUGGAAUACGGACGAAGUCAUCCAGCCCGGGACGCCCAAUCGAUCGGCCGUUGAUAAAGGCGACGAAGAAAAGGGAAAAGGAGGCAGCGGAGGAAAUAAUAAUAAUAACAAUAAUGAAGCAAGUGCCACCAGCAAGACGACCGAUGCUUCCUACACAUUGUCCCUGGAACAAAACAACGGAGUACGUUGGUUUGCUAUUGGAGUUGUUGCCUUGAUUUUGCUGGGUGGAAUUGCAAUUGCCGGAAUUGUUUGUGGAACGGGAGGAUGCGGUGGUGGUGGAGGAGAAGAAGAGAGUUCUUCCAUGUUUGCCGAGGAAAGCAGUACACCGGUGCCCGUGACCCCGGUACCCAUCAUUCCCACUGCAAACCCAACAGCUCCACCCGACACCACUCUUGCUCCGACUCCCGCAGUGACAGAUGCUGUGCCAGCAAUCGACGCAGCCGCCGAGGAGCCAGUGGUUGAUCCCAUGGUUGUGGAGACGGCUGCCCCCACCGACCCAAUUAUGGUCGAGGAGACGGCAUCGCCCACAGAUGGAGUCGUCACCAGCAGCCCCACUGCUGGAGAAACCACACAGGAACCAACGGCAAUGCCUUCCGGAGGCCCCACAAUGACAAUCACGGAUAGCCCUACCACCGCCAUACCCGAAACAAUGGCCCCCACUUCGGAGUCUCCCACGUCGAGCCCCACGGGGCCUCCCGUCACCAUUGGACCGACAUCCAUUGUGCCGGGGUUGUCCGCGGAAACGGUGGCCAAACAGGGAGAUUUUAGCACCCCUCAGGGACAAGCCUUCUUUUUUGUCGAGGGAUAUCCCGGAUUUGAAGAGUUGCCGGAUUGGAGGAAACAGCAACUCUUUGGCAUGGCCACCUUCUUUAAUGCCUUUAAUGGUCGGAGGUGGCCAUUGAGUCGUCGACUCAAUUGGCUGGAUGCCGAUUUCCACGAAUGCGACUGGGCGUCGAUUCAGUCGCAGCCGUGUGAUUUGGAAAAUAAAAUCGAGUUCUUGGGGUUGCUCAAUGACGACUCGUUGACGGGGUAUGUGGCACCCGAGGUGGGCCUCUUGACAGAAUUGGAGGAACUCAGUGUGGAUCUUUGUGGAUUGACGGGAAAUGCCACCACGGUGCUUCCAGAGGAGUUGUCGGCAUUGUCCAAUCUGCGCUUGUUUAGCGUUUCCCGAAAUGCCCUCACGGGAACGAUGCCAUCCACCAUUUCCAGCCUCAGCAGCCUACAGUUCUUGCAUCUUGACGACAAUCAAUGGACUGGAACGUUUCCCGCGGACUGGGGACAAUUGACUUUUUUGAGGGAAAUUAACGUCGGUGGUAACAUCGGCCUGACAGGGACCAUUCCGUUAGAGUGGGCGGCUCUGACAAAUUUGGAAUCCCUUAUCAUAGAAGGCACAAGUGUCUCCGGGGCCAUCCCGACUGAGCUCUGCAAUGUGCCUACCCUCACCGUUACAGCCGACUGCGGAAACAUUGAGUGCUGUUAGAAGGACAGUGAUGGAAUUAGGUCAAUGGCGCCGUGACUUCUGUACGCAUUAACUUCGUUUAGUCUAGUUAAAAUAGUUUUGCAUUUUGAGUACCCCG